CUUACUUUUCAUUCUCGGAGUUCCUCUCUCAUUAUAUAUCUAAAAUGUCUGCACCUGCUGAAGAAGAUAAAAAACCCAGUGAACAUAUAAAUAUUAGAGUUGUUGGUUAUGACAGUAAUGAAGUUUUUUUCAAAAUUAAGCGUCAUACACCACUUAAAAAACUAAUGGAAGCUUAUUGUGAGAGGCAAGGCAAGUCAAUGAAUAUGCUUCGUUUUCUUGUAGAUGGUGAACGUGCAAGACCAGAGCAAACUCCUGCUCAGCUGGAUAUGGAGGAUGGUGAUCAAAUUGAAGUUAUGAUUGAACAGCUGGGAGGUAUGUCAUGAUAGAUAUUAGGGUUAGGGUUAGGGUUAGGACUCAAGGUUAUAUGUAAAUAUCAUUUUUACAUGUCAUUAUGAAUAAAAUAAUGUUUUAAUUAU